GCCGCCAUUUGUCAUUUUUUGGCAUGCGCGUUGGGGGAUGCUACGAAAAUCGUGCUCGGGAGUGUUUUCAUAAAAUAAAAGUUUUGUGAACUUUGUUAGUGUAUUGUGAUAAACUUUUAUUGCUCUGUGAAAUAUUUGUGAAAUUCUCAUAAAGUGUUUUGUGUGUUUAUUAUUUCAAGAUGAAUAAAACUUGUGCAAGGUGCGAGAAAACAGUAUAUCCUACAGAGGAGCUAAAAUGUUUGGAUAAGGUGUGGCAUAAAGGUUGCUUCAAAUGCCAGGAAUGUGGCAUGACACUCAAUAUGCGUACCUACAAGGGCUACGGCAAACUGCCAUAUUGCGAAGCUCACGUGCCAAAAGCGAAACACACAACAAUGGCGGAGACGCCGGAGCUGAAGCGGAUAGCGGAGAACACAAAGAUUCAGAGCAACGUCAAGUAUCACGCAGACUUCGAGAAGAGUAAGGGCAAGUUUACACAGGUAGCAGAUGACCCAGAAACGCUAAGAAUCAAAGCGAACACUAAAAUAAUAAGUAACGUGGCGUACCACGGCGACCUGGCUAAGAAAGCGGCCAUGGAGAAGCAGCGUCAGAUCAACGAAAAUGGAGAGUUAGUUGAUGUCGCUACAAACGACAAUUAUCACCAACAAAUCGAUAAUUACGCAACGGAAAUGCUACCACCGAGUCUACCACCAAACCAGCCACAAAAGAACCACUACCAACCACCACAACAACCACAAACACCCAGACAAUACCAAGAGCAAUACAGACCUCAAAAACAGGAAGAAUACUCGUACCAAUACCAGAAGUAUGAUGUAUCAGACCAAUACCAGAAUCAUGGGAAUCAAUACGCGUAUGGUCAGUACCCUCAGAAUUACGGCGCGAACACACAGCCUAAGAUUGGUAGGAUUCAAGAUUACGAUCCCCUGAGCGACGGUCCGCGUGCACCCCCCAAUAUACAGCACGCCUCAGCGACUGUUAUAUACAACAGCACAAGGGAUGGCAAGCAAAGAGCAGGAGGUCAGCAAGCGACGCAACAACAGAGCCGGCAGAUCGGACGCGUCACUGAUUUAGACCCCCUCGCCGCCGAGCAGCCGCGCUCCAAUAACAACCAUCAACCUACGAAUCAGCGAGUGUACAUCGCGAUGUACGACUACGAAGCAAAUGAUAGUGACGAAGUAUCGUUCCGUGAGGGUGAUUACAUAUCGAAUGUGACGUCAAUCGAUGAGGGCUGGAUGACGGGCGAGGUGUUGCGUACUGGCCGCACUGGCAUGCUGCCCGCCAACUACGUGGAACUUGCGCCAGCGCCGCCACAUCACUACGCCAACUAAUGCCAACAACAUAUCGCCACAAUAUCCAACAUCGCCACAAUACCCAACAUCGCCAUAUUAUUCAACAUCGCCACAUUAACCAAUACAUUGCAAUCUCGCCGUUAUGUUUGCUAUAUUGAUAAAAAUAUAUAUUCUUAUACAUUCCUUCAUAUGACAAACUUGCCUGGACAUUUGUGUUUUAAUUUCUAUGAAAAUAUCUUUAUAAUAAAUUUCCAAAAUAAGAUAAGUUGUUAAAUUUGUAUAUUCCAUCCGCAGAACAAAACGUAAAUAGAAUUUAUAUAUAAAAAUAUUUCAAAUAAAAUUGCCUAUUACUUAUGAUGGUUAACUAUCGUUCCAUACUAUUCCAAUAACGUCUUGUAUAUUAAAUUUUUUCUCACUGUUUUGUUUAAUAUCAGUAUGAAAAUGUCACAAUAAUAUACCAAAUGCAUAGUUAUUCUAAACUUUUAUACAAAGAAUCAUAUUUUUAUAAAGACAUAUCUUGUUUUAGAAAAUAUUAAGCAAUAAAUGUUGUAAGAAUCUUUACACUAAUUUAUUGUAGAAAUUAACGUAGGUUUCCACUGUUAAACAUAAAAUCAAUCCUUUUUAUUUUCCUAAAAAAAAACCAGAAUAUUUUGACAGUGGAAACCUACCGUUAAACGUUGAUAUGUUACACUGGUGCAUAUUUUAAUGUCGUGUCAUAAGUUUUAAAAUGUUAAUUAUGAGAUUAUAUGAUCGAAUUGACCAACUUGCCAAAAUGUGUAGUGAACAUUUUAUUAAAAACUACGUAACAUUUUUAAAAAUAAAAA